AUGAGCACUUUGGAUAAACUUUACGUCAAACCCCGUGCAUUGCCACCUGGAACAUUUCAUUGGUCUGUUAUCAGCCCCAUUGGAGACUCGGCAGAGACUUACACUUUAGCACUGGACCAACUGCGUUUGUUACGAAAUACACUUUGCCAUCAGGUAACUACGAGAAAGAUUGACAAAGCAACCUUUGAUAAUUACAUUGUGCUGGCAAAAGAUGCCUUUACUGCAUUGGGACAAAGCACCACUAAACUCGAUGAGAUUGGAAACAUGGGCGAGGAAGAGUUUCCUACUACAAGACUUCAAAAGCUAGAAGACGAACUGAAGAAAGAAAAAGAUGCUGCCAUCAAGUUUGAGCUGAUCGAUGAACACCUCAAUAAAAUCGAUUCAAACGUAGAAAAUGUGAGGGCUGAGGUAACUGAUGUCAAGACAAGAGUACAUGAUGUUGGGUUAGACAUGAAGGAACUGAAGUUGGAAAUACAAGAUGUCGGGAGAAGAAUGGAAAAUAAUGCAUCAGAUAUGAAGACCGAAGUAACAGGUGUGAUGACUCGAGUAGGCGAUGUUGGAUCAGAAAUUAACGAUGUUAAGACACGAGUAGAAGCAGUCUGGUCAGACAUCAAAAAUCUAGAAGCUCCAGUGGGGAAUGUUCGCGCAGAAAUGAAAGAUGUUAAGACUCAAGUGGAAGAUGUCGGGUCAAACGUAAAAGAUAUGAAGACAAGAGUAGAAGACGUAAAUUCCGAAGUAAAAGAUCUUUCGAAGGAGGUAAAGGUUUUGAAGACUGAGUUUGUUGACAUGAAACAAGAAAUGCAAGGAGAAUGUUCUAGAGAUGCCUUUACUGCAUUGGGACAAAGCACCACUAAACUCGAUGAGAUUGGAAACAUGGGCGAGGAAGAGUUUCCUACUACAAGACUUCAAAAGCUAGAAGACGAACUGAAGAAAGAAAAAGAUGCUGCCAUCAAGUUUGAGCUGAUCGAUGAACACCUCAAUAAAAUCGAUUCAAACGUAGAAAAUGUGAGGGCUGAGGUAACUGAUGUCAAGACAAGAGUACAUGAUGUUGGGUUAGACAUGAAGGAACUGAAGUUGGAAAUACAAGAUGUCGGGAGAAGAAUGGAAAAUAAUGCAUCAGAUAUGAAGACCGAAGUAACAGGUGUGAUGACUCGAGUAGGCGAUGUUGGAUCAGAAAUUAACGAUGUUAAGACACGAGUAGAAGCAGUCUGGUCAGACAUCAAAAAUCUAGAAGCUCCAGUGGGGAAUGUUCGCGCAGAAAUGAAAGAUGUUAAGACUCAAGUGGAAGAUGUCGGGUCAAACGUAAAAGAUAUGAAGACAAGAGUAGAAGACGUAAAUUUCGAAGUAAAAAGAUCUUUCGAAGGAGGUAAAGGUUUUGAAGACUGA